AUGGCCACCGGUCUACAACCUCAGCCUAAGAAACCUGGAUUCUUCCGACGCAUGUCCUUGUCCACUUCUCAGAACAAGCCAACAGUGCAGCCAUCAACAAAUGACAAUGGUGUACGAGUAGGACCUAAAAGCUAUGGAAGAUCAGUGUCAGGGCCAGGACCCUCUUUUGGGCGGGAUAUCGUUGCUGGACCAUCAUACGAAUCCCUUCCGGCUGGGGCAGCACCUAGUGCGUUAGGUCGUAGGGAUGAUUUAGGCAGUAACAUGGAUCAGAGGAGGAGGACACAAGCGGAUCAUACUCCAAAUUCCCAAUUCCAACCAAGACCAAAUAAGCCUAAUUCAACACCUAUCGCUUCAGCUCUCAGAAAUCCCCUGGCAGCUGAUCCACAAUCUCCGCCGGCAGCAACGCCAAGAAGUAGAUAUCCAAUACACCCCGCUCUUGCCUCACCUCCUAUCUCUACUCCUCGACGCCUGAGCGCAACCUCGCCAUAUGAUCCUAUCAAUCCUCCAGUCGUCUCGGCAGCUAGUCAAGGCGGACAGAGAUAUGAUGAUGUUGCAAGCACAGUGAAACAGCUUCCUUCGAACCAGUCAGUCAAUCUGCACGGCAAAUCGACCGAACAACUUCACUCACAAUCUACAAAUCAUCACCGACAAGGCCAUUCAUUGUCACCACAUACGCCGCGUCACGUACAGGCUGACCACGUCACAGCCAUUUCGUCUUCGAAACCACAAUCCCCUGUGCAUGGGAGCGAGACGACCUUUAUGACACCCAAUGCCACUCAUCAGAAUGGCACAACUCGGUCUACGCCAAAGCGCCAUGAGACAGCACGCUUCAGUCGGUUCGACGAUGCAGACAUCCCGAAUUCUGAUAAUCUUCCCGCUGGUGCUCAAGCAUCAGUUUACGCUCACGACAAGCAGUCGGAGCUGAGGCCGAUGGUCAGUGCGCGACGUUCAGCCUCAUCCAGUCGCCGAACGCCAAUGCCCAAGGUUGACAAGAACAGUGGGUCAAGUGCGAGGCAGGGAAACUCAAGCAAGCAGGAUAAUACUGCUAUUACUUUGGAGACACCUACAACAAUGGACAAGACCAUCUCAUCACUACCACCAAACUCCAAUUCCAAGGCUCAGGAGCAGCUUUCCGAGGCUGGAGCAUAUGCCAAAGCUAUAGCUGCGACCAUUAGCAAUCACCGUUCUGCCGAAGCUCCUCGAGAGAUAACCGUAAAUCCUUCAGUAACCGCUACUCCCCCAAAAUCACGAGCGACACGGCCUCUGCCGGCCCCUCCAAUUUCUAAUUCUAGGAACUCUUCAAAAGCUAAUGUUGUCGUUAUCGCAAGCAGCUCUAAGCUGCAACAGACAUCCCCAAAACAGAUCCCCAAGAGAGAGACCAGUACCGAGAAAGGACAACGACAUCUAGCCACGCCUAGCUCAGCGACUUUGGUCAACAAAGACAAAAGGUCUUCAGUGCGACCACUCAACUUUGACUUUCCACGCUCUCCUACACUUCCACCAUUAAUCGAUCCUCGUACGACCCCAAACAAAAGCUCAGAUCCUAUCAGUCAAUGGAGUCGCGACACGCCGUCUCCUGUAUCUCCCGAAGGCCAAGCAUCUCUUGCAACUUCUCAAUUACCGCCCCGUUCAUCGUCAGCUCAACCCAGAAGAGCUGUCAGCUCUCCACUAACAAGCCCGACAAACGAAGUCAGGAAUAAAUUUGGCUCCCCGCAUAUCGCUUCGCCGACGAUCCCUCCAAGCCCUCAAACUCAAGCUCGCCCUCGAACAACCGCGAGAGAAAGACCUCGAGCAACUUUGACCUUUCUGCUACUUCAUGCUCCGAUUCAAGCUGCUUUGUUGUCUCAUGUAUCGAUAAACUCUUUUCUCUCCCUCACUGGAGCAUCUGAUCUUAUACGCAAAAGGUUCACCGGUGAGGCGAUAGGACGAUGGGUGAUGAAAGAAUGGGGAGUUCAAGUUGAUCGUGAGAAAGGAAGAAGCUGGCCAAACUUGACUGUUUGGGAAGGUUUCUUGGAAUCCUUAUUGCAUGAUCCGCUCACGUACAGCACAUACCCAUCUCAAUGGUACAACCUACUUCAACAUCUAUGCUUGUCGCAUACACUCAUAGUACUUCACCUGCGUCAACUACCUUUGACUGCUUUCCCAAAUCCACCACCACUACCUUUCGAGGACGAUUACGUCAACCCCGCACCAAAUAUGCCCAACUUACCCUUUUCAAGCUCUUUCAACAGCUUUGGGAGCCAAAGACCCCGCUCACGUCUAGGUAGUGCAGCUGGUUCUGAUGCUGGCAGUCUUGCACCGGCGACAAAGAUGCCUCGGCAAGAAAGACUCGUGGAAAUCGUCAUGCCCGAGCCUCUUGCUGCUCAAGCCCCCCAGGACGACGAGCCUACUUCGUUGCCCAAUACUCAAAAAAUACGCCGGCGUGGCUCUAUUGGCUCCAUAGCUUCUGCUGCAUCUUUUUCUUUUGGUCGACGACGGACUGCCAGUAUAAGCGCAGAGCCCCUUGCCGAUAUAGCGUCUAUUGCCCCUGCAGCCCCGAUGCCUUCAGGCAAAGCAGCUCUUCCGCCCGUCAGCUAUCCGUCAGCAAAACGUUACGGCUUCAAACGACAUGGCGAACCUUCGCGAUCUCGUAAAUCAUCGGAAUCGAGCCGGCCUGGAUCAAUAUUCUCUGUACAAAGCACACCCUCUUUCUCUGCCCAUCAACGCGUACCGAGUGUUUAUAGCGGGCGACCAUCAUUCGCAGUCGAUAGAAAUGCUCCACCGGUCCCUGGCUUUCCUGCGGGACUAUCAAUGCCUCCUCCGAUUGGCGGUGGUGGAACACGAUCAAGCUUUGCGAGCAGCGACGGUGGCCGUUCAGGGCGUCGUUCUGAAAAUGGCGGAAAUUCACCCAUAUCAGGCGUAUUCCUCUCUCGAAAAGAUUUCGGUACACCACCUCCCAACCGACCAGAACCUUGUUUCGAACGUCCAAUACCGUUUACUGUAGGACGUGCUCCGAUCCUGAGGGUAUUUGUGCCUUUAUCAGAUCGGAUUCAACGUUGGCCUUCAGCUGAAGGAGCUGCUGCUGCUGCCAAGGAAAUGGAGAAGUGCGGGGCUUUGAGGAGAAUGAAACUGGGUGACAUAGUCGUCAACACCGCCAUUCGUCAGCCCAAGACUACUGAACAUGUAUUGGUGUAUGUGCCGUUCGUUCGACACUUGCUCGUUCCACUUGAUUAUACCUUUUCUCCGAAUGGCAAUCCGCCAUCAUACGUCAACGGGUUCGAUAUCGCUCCUUCGUACUAUUAUCCUUUCUUACCCACACCUCAAAUCAUAUUCCUCAACCUCGCGCCUUUCGCUGAGAGAGCGUUGAAAUCCAUCCGUCUGGCAUACGAUCGUCGAGAUGUGACCGUGGCUUCUGGAGCUAGGCUGAGUGCAAAGAGGUAUUUGCACGUAGCUGGAUUUGAAGUAAAUCAGGCAGACCCAGUUGCCCCUGAAUGGCAUGGUAUGGUUUCAUUGGAGGCGGAAGGCACAGCGGAAGGGAAACAGGAUAUCGAGGCUCGAUUGAUGGGUCUCAAUGGAUCGCGACCAGUGAUGGGACCUUGGGAGUUGGUCAGAGAGAAGAGCAUGAUGGGAACGAUCUGGUUAAGGUUGAUCAAGUAA